GAUUCAGUAGAAGACAUUUUCUGCAGUGAAACAUACGUACACACACGGAAAUGGCUCUUGAAGUUAAAUGAGACUGGAUAAAACCUCCCAAUGAAGCAGAAGCUGCUCUGCAUGUGUUAGGACUCUAUCUCCAGAAGCACUGCUGAUCAGCCGGAGCUGGUAACUUGUCAUAAUGAAGAAAAUUAGUCUCAAAACAAUUCGCAAGUCCUUUAACUUAAAUAAAAGCAAAGAUGAAAGUGACUUUGUAGUGGUUCAGCAGCCAUCAUUAAGCGAAUUUGGAAAAGAUGACUCGUUGUUUGGCAGCUGCUAUGGUAAAGAUUUGGCUAGCUGUGAAGUCAAUAGUGAAGAUGAAAAAGGAGGCAAAAAUAGAUCAAAAAGUGAGAGCUUAAUGGGUACGCUAAAAAGGAGGCUUUCGGCAAAGCAAAAGCAGAAGGGCAAAGGCAGCACGCCGUCCGUAAGCUCUGCGGAUGAUGAUACCUUUUCUUCCUCUUCUGCCCCAAUCACCUUCAAGGAUGUGCGAGCGCAGAGACCUCUGAGAUCCACUUCCCUCCGUAAUCACCAUUACAGUCCAACUCCGUGGCCCCUUCGACCUACAAAUUCGGAAGAGACUUGUAUCAAGAUGGAAGUGAAAGUCAAGGCGUUGGUCCACUCCUCUAAUCCAAGCCCAGCACUGAAUGGUGUUCGAAAGGACUUCCAUGACUUGCAGUCAGAUAACGUGUUCCAGGAACAAAAUAACACAUUAAAAAAUACGGAGUCUCAGAAUGGGGACUUGCAUCUUCACCUUGAUGAACAUGUGCCUGUAGUUAUUGGAUUAAUGCCUCAGGACUACAUUCAGUAUACUGUGCCUUUAGAUGAGGGAAUGUAUCCUUUGGAAGGAUCGCGUAGUUACUGUCUGGAUAGUUCCUCACCCAUGGAAGUUUCAACUGUUUCGUCUCAAAUGGGAGGAAGUGCUUUCCUUGAAGAGGAGAGUCAAGUGGAUCAGGAUGUAGUUGUUGCACCGGAUAUCUUUGUGGACCCGACGGUGAAUGGCUUGUUGAUUGGUACCACGGGAGUCAUGUUGCAGAGCCCAAGAGUGAAUCACGGUGACGUCCCUCCACUCUCACCUUUGCUACCUCCAAUGCAGAAUAAUCAAAUCCAAAGGAACUUUAGUGGGUUGAAUGGCACAGAUGGCCACGUGGCCGAAAGCAUGCGCUGCCAUUUGAAUUUUGAUCCUAACACUGCCCCUGGAGUUGGAAGAGUUUAUGAUUCUGUACAGAACAGUGGUCCCAUGGUGGUGACCAGUCUGACGGAAGAACUGAAAAAACUUGCAAAGCAGGGGUGGUACUGGGGCCCCAUUACACGCUGGGAGGCAGAGGGGAAGCUAGCAAACGUGCCUGAUGGCUCCUUUCUUGUUCGCGACAGUUCCGACGACCGAUACCUUUUAAGUUUGAGUUUUCGUUCCCAUGGGAAAACACUUCACACUCGAAUCGAACAUUCGAAUGGUAGGUUUAGCUUUUAUGAACAGCCGGAUGUGGAGGGACACACGUCUAUAGUUGACUUAAUUGAACACUCCAUCAGGGACUCUGAAAACGGAGCUUUCUGCUACUCGAGAUCCCGGCUGCCCGGAUCRGCCACGUACCCGGUGAGACUGACGAACCCCGUGUCCCGCUUCAUGCAGGUGCGCUCCUUGCAGUACCUGUGYCGCUUUGUAAUACGUCAGUACACCCGGAUAGACCUGAUCCAGAAACUGCCUUUGCCAAACAAAAUGAAGGAUUAUUUACAGGAAAAGCACUACUGAUAGCUCGUGGGAAUCUUGCAUCUUGCACUUUGGGAACAACGACAACAAGAAGAGACUGAAUUACAGUUUACAGACUUUGGUUAUUAUCAAAAUCUUUUGCUGCCAUAACGAUAUUUCUUUUUUUUUUUUUUUUGUGUGUGUGUGUGUGUGUGUAAAAGAAAAGUAAUGCUUUGGGGUUUUUGUUUGUUUGGGGGAUUUUGUGUAUUUUGGGGGCGCUUUUUUUCUUUUUUUUUUUUUCUUUUUUUUUUGAAAGAAUGAUCUCAAGUUUAUUUUUAGAAGUGUGAAAUAGCUAUCUUUCAUCAAUGUGCAGAUUAAUCACAAUGUGAAUGAUCAAAUUCUCCUUUAAUUUCCCCCAAGUCCUUUGCUGCUAUCCACUGUGAUUUUUAUGCAUUGAAAGCACAUUUCAUGUGUAUCCAACCAUAAGUAAAAGUCAAAUGAAACUUGUUGAAUGGAUUUUUUUUCUUUAAAAUAGCUUAUUGAAAAAGAUGAUCAUGGAAAAACUUAUUGGUAUUCUAAAUUACAGAAUUUACGUAUAUGUUAAAAAUUAUUUCCUAGCAUAUGAAUUAUAAAUUUCUAUAGAAAUGUGCCCUAAUGUAGAAUUUAUAGACAGAGCCGUUUGAUAAAAACAUGGUUAUGCAGCAUAUCUUUGGGAAAAAAAAAAACACCUUUCUCAUAGACCUCAUAUUGUCUGUUCACCAUUUUGUGUUUGAGGAAGUUGGUUUGGCUUUCUUCUUGUCUCAGUAUUUYGUCCUUCUAAAAAUGGCCUUUAAAAAAAAAGUCUUUGAAAGUCAAUGUGUAGUAUCUAUAUGGAGAUUGCAGCAUUGAGAUCCUGAAAAACAUUAUGUUCUGAAAUCAGUUAAAUAAAUGAACAUCUACGAGGUCCUGUCUUUCCUAUAUUUCCCUUUCCUACCUCCCUCUGACUAAGAAAAAAACACAUAGAUCUGUAGGAUGACUCUAGGAAUCCUUGUUUGGGMACAUAAGUUGAGAAGCAUUUUAAAGAUGUGCUAAAAAUUUUUGAAUAGCUUCCCUUCCUCUGGGAUGAUUUCUACUAUAUAUGUUUAAGCUAUGUGGAAUUUUAACAUUUCCCCUUUCUCUGCAUUUCCACUUCUCAAAUUCAGUAAUACACUAAUGACCUCUGAAUCUUUGGGAGGGAGGGACAGGACUGAUGAUAGUUUGGAUGGAAGAUUCUCCAAAUAUAUCUCUAAAGCUCUGUUUUCAUAGCCUGUUAAAUUAUGGAGAAAAGGGAGUUUGGGUUUUAAUGUACAUUGACCACAGAAAAUGUUUGUGUUAGCUUUCAUGCAGUAUAUUUUGACAUGUGAAGUACUGAAUCAAUUAAGUAGAUGUUUCUGAUCCCUGUCAAAGAUUCUGGCAUUUGAAACGCUUAAAAUUAUUCUGACCUGCUUUAGGGGAAAAAAAAUGACUUUCCAUUGGACGUACAGCUUUUACAUUGUACCAUUUUCCUCACUGAAGGUUAAUUCAUGGCAUUUUCAUGAUUUUUUUU